AUGGACCAAAACACAUGUAAUGUCGUGGUGUUAAACGAGCUUGAGGAUUUCUUAAAACGUUCAUAUUUUACAUCAACCCUCGAUAUUUCCCAACAAAUCAACUCCAUCAGGCCACACAGGAUUCAAACAAUCGUCCAGCUCCUCGAAGAACGUGAAAAAUGGGUACCCAAUCUACCGGCAGUAGCGAUGGCAGUUCCCGGAGUUUAUCCUGAGGACGAAUGGGGAAGUCGACGUUUCUCGUUUUUGGAACUGUCCAGAGUUUCAAACGAGUUGGCCCACAUAAUGGUCUUGGACGGGGUUGUCCCAGUCGUCUCCGAGGAUGAUAUUGUGAAAGGUCCACCUCGUGUAGCUAUACUAUCCCAAAGCUCCAUCGAACUCCUUAUAAACUUCCUGGCGCUAAUCAGGAUUGGUUAUACUGUGGUAUUAAUUGCGCCUCAGUGCACAGAGCGUGCUGUAUCUCACCUCCUCAAAAUCACGGAGAGCACACAUGUACUACACUCACCAUCACUCACUGAGCUUGUAGCAUUAUCCAAGCCUCAAUCGUGCAAAAAUCAUACUCUACUUGAUAUCCCUGUGUCACAGACAGCUAAGCGAUAUAUCACUCCAGCUGGAAUUGCCGGCUCAACGACUGCAUACAUCCACCACACGUCUGGAACCUCGACAGGUCUUCCGAAGCCUAUCCCGCAAACCCACGCAGCUGCAACCUUAUACUUACCAUGCCUUCCACCUGCAUCUCCGACUGCAGCCUUUACUACAACACCAUUGUAUCAUGGCGGUACGGCAGAUUUGAUGCGGUCACUAAUGUCAUCCUCGUUGCUGUGGUUAUAUCCACCAUCAAUUCCGCUGAUUAGUCGCAACAUUAUCAAGGUUCUCCAAAUUGCGGAAAGAGACAAACUACCGAUAAAACUCUUUACCGCGGUUCCUUAUGUUAUUGAGAUUUGUGCGGGGCGCGAGGAAGUCAUGAAAAGAAUGGUUGAAAUGGAUAUGGUGGGGGUUGGCGGAGCACCACUAGCAGUAGAGGUCGGCACAAAGCUGGUCAGAAGAGGGGUCAAGCUUAUCUCACGAUUCGGAAGUAGUGAAUGCGGAUUUUUAAUGUCAUCCUAUCGUGAUUUCGCCACGGAUCAGAAUUGGGAUUACCUGCGGGUUCUGCCCGGUUGCACCACCCUCCGCUUCGAGCCGCAAAAAAGCCGUGGGAAAGUUGAGCUUGUUGUCCUUCCAGGAUGGCCACAAAUCGCCAAGCCCAAUCGCCCGGAUGGAUCUUAUGCCACAGGUGAUCUAUUCUUGCCGCACCCCACUAUAGAGAACGCGUACAAGUACGAUGGACGAAGCGAUCUCAUGAUUGUGCUCUCCAAUGGGAAAAAAUUCGACCCCACUCAUAUCGAAGAGGCCUUCAAGGAAUAUAGCCUGGUAAACGAGGCAAUGGUUUUUGGAAACAAUCGGCCAUUCCCGGGGCUCCUUCUUUUUAUGAACGUUCACCGAGUACUAUUUGGCGGUAUCAAAGAGUAUGUUCAAGAGGUCAACCAAAAGACGCAUAUCAGAAUCAUGGAAGAGAUGGUAGUUGUGCUGUGUGCCGAUGAGCACCCCCCGAAAAACAGCAAGGGGACAGUUAUGCGGGGAGCUGUUGACGAGAUGUAUUCUGAGGAGAUACAGAAGGCAUAUGAGAUGUUUGAAUGUCACGGCUCUGGAGAAAGGAUGAAAAUUACAGAUCUUCAGGGUGUAACGGAUACAGUGCGUGCCAUUGUUCGAGACAUAACUGGUAAAGAGGUCGGUGACGAUGUGGAUUUGUUUAAUUCUGGAGUUGAUUCCGUCAUGACUGCGCAGAUACGCAACAGAUUAACAAAGGUUGGUGAAGAUCGAGCAUGGGGUUAUAAUGAAACGCUAAUAUCUAUGCAGGGUCUGGACAUCCAACAGCCGCUGCCGCUGAAUGUAGUUUUUGAACAAAGGACUAUUGAGGGGGUUGUAAGGUUCAUAACAACUUGUGGGGAGGCGAAUGGGGUUUCUUCUGAUCGGCAAGAGGAGUUGAUGCUCCAGUUGGUGCAAAAAUACACUGACAGCAUCGGUAUACGUAACACGGAUCUAGGGAGGCCUACCGAUACCAAAAAUGACCAUGUAAUUGGGGGUAUUGCAAAGAUUGUAUGCCUUUGCCGUGCCAGUGAUGAUUCACAUGCACUUUCUCGUGUUGAGAAGAGUCUAAAGGCACGUAAACUACCAGGGCUUGGUGGAGUUGGUCCUAAGGUGAUGGCCAUUGCUGCAGAACUAGGGUGCGAAUAUUUGGGGCUUGAUAAAAGGAUCUACGACCAACUGAAAGAGGAAGUCACACGGGUUAUUCAUGCUGCUUGGGCAGUUAACUUCGUCGCAUCCCUUGAAAGCUUUGAAAAAGACCAUAUUGCAGGUGUGAUUGUUUCUCUUGUAAUAAAGGAUACACUCGAAUCAACAAAUUGUGCGAAAUUCUACUUUUGCUCUUCUACUGCAGCGGUUCUUGGCGACUUCAAACACUCCGGGACCAUUCAGGAAGCCUUUACAAAUGACCCUCAUACCGCAGCACCACUCGGAUACAGCCGUUCAAAGUGGGUCACAGAAAAGAUCUGUCAGAAGUUAAGUUCCAGAGCUGCGGUCUUGAGAAUUGGACAACUAUGCGGAGAUACAGUGCAUGGUAAAUUAUCAUGGCUUCCUGUCGAUCUAGCAGCUCGGAUUGUGCUGGACAUCGCGCUAAGCGAUCAUUCAAAUCAAGUUUCAGGCGAUCCAGUAUUCAAUGUGGUGAACACAGAUACAUCAACAUCAUGGAGUAAUGUGCUGGACUGGAUACAAGAACUUGACGAUGCAAAAUUCAACCGAGUUUCACCUAGUGCGUGGAUUAGGAAAUUAGCCAACGCUAAAUGUGGAACGGCGAAUCCAAGUCAAAAACUUUUGGGUUUGUGGGAAUCGAAAUACGGACAAGAUACGUGUUAUAGCACAUCUAAUGAUGGAGGAACCUUCGAAUUUGAGACAAAGAACAUGGCAACAUUUUCAAACGUUCUCGGAAAACAUGGGGGUUGGCAAUUACAUAGAAAAUAUGUGCAAAACAUUUGGAGAAACUGGGUACAGGCAGGAUUCGUUAAAGUUUAG